AAGUCACAUUUCAACAAACUAGUCAUGUAAAAACAGCUAACCCAAUUGUGCAUUUGUUUUAUUUAACAAAAAAAAAGGCUUCAGACUAAAAACAUGUUCGGCGGAGACGAUGAAGACGGGGACUUCUUGUCUCCCACAGGAGGUGCCAAGUUGGCCUCCCUGUUUGGACUUGACCAGGAAGGCAGUCAGGGGAACGAGUCCUUUCAGUACACGGCACCGAAACAGCCGAGAAAGAGCUCCAAUUCAGCACCAGCCACCCAGAAACCAGCCCCACCACCUGGAGCUCCUGCAGUGUUAUUUGCUACAGCAGUCCAAGCCUUCAGAUAUAUUAAUGGACAGUAUGUGAAGCAGGGAAAGCUGGGAGCAGCCGUACUGGGCAACCAUACAACAAAAGAGUACAAGCUGCUUCUGUACUUGAGCCAACAGAAACAAGUUGCCGCUGCCAAGAUUCAUGUGGGCUUUGUUUUCACGGUACAGCCAAACAAUUACUACACAUUUUAUGAUGAGCAAAGGCAGAACUGGUCCCUGACUUUUGAAUCAGAGAAAGCUUCAUCAGUCUUCUGCAAAGAGGUGUGCUUGGCGAAAGCGAACAGUGUAGUUUCCUUGGAUGCUGUUGUGGUUCAGGAUCUGAGUGUUGGCGAGGGCCAGGCGGUGGAGAAUGGAGACUCUUUGGAGGUGGUGUACACAGGCUGGCUCCUGCAGAACCACGCCAUUGGACAGAUGUUUGACUCCAACCAGAACAAGGACAAGUUGCUGCGGCUAAAAAUUGGAGCUGGAAAAGUGAUCAAAGGCUGGGAGGAAGGAAUGCUUGGGUUGAAGAAGGCAGGCCGGCGGCUCAUUGUCAUCCCACCAAACCAAGCUUAUGGAUCAAAGGGAGUCCCUAACCGUGUCCCGGCUAACAGCACUCUUAUCUUUGAAGUGGAGCUUCGACGGGUGAAGUUUUCCAAAGACAAUGGGUCUGUUGGUAGCAGCUCCAGAGACUCUGCUGCUCCCUCCCCUGUUCCUUCCCCAGCCCCCAGUGUGGAGAAUCUAGUCCCAGAGCCUCUAGUACAGGCGGCCGCCUCCGGUCCAGGCAGACCAGGGGAGCCACCUCUUCGUGCAAAGUCAAACUCGCUGAGUGAACAGUUGGCGAAUCCAGACGCCACAAAAGCCAAGCUGAUAUCUCGCAUGGCAAAGAUGGGCCAGCCCAUGUUGCCCUUUCUGACAGGAGCAGCCAGUCAGCCCGAAUCCAGUGAUUCUGAGCUCGAGGACACCAGUGGCAGCAGAGUGAAAGAUCAGCCUGCGGCUCCAUCUCCAGUGCAGAUGUCCACUGCUGCUCCAGCUUCAGCACACAUACAUCCUCAUCCUCACGCCGCUCCAUCUGCUGCCUUACUUCCUGUCAUGACAGCUGUUGCCCCACAGCCUGGACUGUCAGGCAGCACCCAUGCAUUUCAGCCUUACUCCUAUACACACACCUCUGUGGCUCCAUCUCAGCUGCAGCCUGUUGGCCAAGUCUACCCUGCGCAAACUGUACCAUUCAUGGGCUCCAGUGAUGUGACUUCCUUUUUGAUGACUGAAGCCCGACAACACAACACAGAGAUCCGCUUAUCUGUCGGAAAAGUUGCAGAUAAAGUGGAUCAACUGGCCUCAAAGAUCGAUGAUCUUCAAAGGCAUGGAAGUCUUUCCAUGGGUGUUCCAAGUAUGUCAAUGGAAACCUCCAUGAUAAUGCACAACAUCCAAAGAAUUGUCCAGGAAAAUGAAUGUUUGAAAAAGGAAGUCUUUGACAAAAGCUCUCGCAUUGAUGAGCAAAACCGUAAGAUCGGGGAGCUCAUCAACCAGAACCAGAGGUACAUGGAGCAGAGUAACCUGCUGAUGGAACAGAGAAAUGACUCCCUCAAGUCAUCCAGUGAACAGAACCAGGCCAGAUUACUGCAGGCUGAGCAGGACAAGUGCUGCUCUGAGGAAUAUCUAGCAUUCACUGCUCUCUCUUCUCAGCAUGCACUGCCUCAGGACCUGGGCUCCGGCCAGGUCCGUCUGACGGAGGAUCUGGCUUCAUCCACGGCCCAGCUGUCUCAGUUGCAACUAGAAUUGACAGCUCAGCAGCAGAAGUCUGGGGAGCUGCAGAGUAAACUGAGCUCGGCGCUGCAGGACAGUGAGAGGCACUGCCAGGGCAUCGUUGCCCUGGAAACACAGCUGGAAGAGCUGAAGGAGGCAGCAGAGAGGGCCCAGGCUCAAUACCGCUCAGAGAAGCAGAGACGCAAAGAGAUUGAGCUGAGAGUCAACAACAUGGAGGAGGAACUGCAGGACCAGAAGACUGAUAAAGAGAGCCUAGAACGAACACUUUCAGAAAGGAAGAAGAAGUGGCAGGUUGAGCGUCAGCGUCGGGAUGAGGAGGUGGAGGAGCUCCGUAAGAGCAGCCAACAGGAGCUGGACAACCUCAGAGUUCAACUUCGCAAGGCCAGAACCAGCACUGACAACACUGCAUCUGAACAGUUGCUUCUGCUGCAGGUGGAGCUGGAGGAGGAGUGGAAGGGGAAGUGUGAGCAGAUGUUGGCCUCUGCUAAAGAGCAGCACAGUAGAGAGCUGGCUGAACUAACGGAGCAGAGAGAUGCCCUGCAGGACACGCUAACCCAGCUACAGGAAAAGUACACAGCCUUGGAAGAACAGCAAGGCAGAGCUGUAAGGGAGAAACUGGAGAAGAAACUGGCAGAGCAGGAGAGUUCAGGAGACACUUCAGCGGAGGUGAAGCGUGUGAUGAACGGAGUGUUUCAUUCUCUGCGAAGGGAGUUUGACCUGGAUGAAUCUUACAGUGGAAAGGCUGUGCUGGGAGUUAUUGUUACUACCAUUAAAAAUGUAACGCUGCAGCUGCUCAGUGGCACAGAAGGAUCUUCAGAGAAACCAAAUAAGGAGGAAGAGCAAGAGAAAGAAGAAGAGGAAAGUGGUGAUUUGAAACAAAGACAGGAUACUGCACAAAAUGUACAUUUGAAUGGUAACAGAGAAGUCGAAGAGAAAGAACAUGAGGUUGAAUCAGAUUCUCACCAAGUCAGUGAGACCCAGAUGGAUGAGGAAGUGGCAACGGAGAAGGAGACAGAGAAAGGAAUUGAAUCAAAGGCACAAAAGCAGGCAGAGGCAUUAGAGGCUACUGAUCACACUCUUGUUUCUCCUACUGAACUGAAACUACAAGACACAGCAGAGUCUAAAGUACAGCAGGAGCAGGAAGUACACUCUGUUCCUCAAAUCUCUACUGAGAAAACAGACACCAACAACUUUACAGAUCCAGAUGAUGCACCUGAUGAGAGUUCACCCCCUGAAGAUGGACAGGAAACUAUGUCCGAAAGAACUUCUGCAUUGACCAGUGAGGUGGACAAGGAGAUUGCGAAUGAUGAAGAGUAUGUAAGAGAAACCCAUGCUGCUUCUCAGGAAGCCUUUGGACCCCCAGCUAACCCACCUCCACCACCGACUACAAAACCAAACAGCCCAGGAGAGGGCACAAGUCUGACUGGGCUAUCGGGGGAGGAAAAUGGAGAGGAGCAAUUUUUCCAGACCACAGCCCCUGCCAAUCCUACCACAGCUCCUGCCCACCUUGCCACAGCCAGCGAAGAGGAAGAGGAGGAUGACAUGAGCUUGAAGGGGCGUCCCCCCCCAGCCCCUCUCUUUGGUGAUGAUGAGGAAGACAACGAUCUGGAUUGGCUAAACUGAGAUGGAACCAGAUUCAUACAAGUCUGCAUCUUAAUUAACACUAAAAACAUGCACAAGGUUCUUAACCAGCUGUCUCUGCCUGGUGGGGGUCCUGACAACAAAAGAGGCCUCUGCUGACGAACUUGAACAGACGUAGGAGUCAGACAGCGUCGCUCUUCACCUCUCUGCUGUCCUGCUGACUGUCGGUUGCUGCCACGACUAUAAUUUCAGACUCUGAUUUUAUUAGAAAUAACAAGCCUGUAAUGCAAAGAAGAAUCAAAACAAAUACUUUUAAUCAAUUAUGUGAUACAUACUGGUGAUGUAAUUUAAUCUCAGUGUUGUACACACCACUGUAGCAUAUUAGUAUGUUGUCCCGUUGUUUUUAAUUAUUAGCUUGCUGCUUUAAAAAUAAACUUUUACACAGUU